AUGGAAUCGCAACGGUUGUUAUUCUGCGAUACAAAAACAAUUUUGGGUUAUAUGGAACCAAGUUUUCGAUUCAAUAUCGCUCUGAAGAUUCCAUCCAUACGGAGAGCUGAAAAAGCAGCACCUCUAUACAUCAAAUAUCUUGAUCUUCAUGAUACUCGUUUUGUUGUCAAUGAAACAGAAUACAGUAUGAGAGUAUUUCCAAAAACUGGUAGAGAAGUGCCCGGAUUGCCCCGAGGAGAAGUGGAUUACGAUUUUGACGAGUACGGAUUCAAAAUUAAUCUUGAUGAGAGCAGUCAACCUGGACACAAACUACUGACUGAUUCAAUAAGACUACAUUUGAGUAGAGGGUCGAAGGUCGACGAGUUGGAAUAUGAGUACCAGGAGAAAAAUGCACUUCCCUGCAAUCAUUAUAUCCGCAUUCCAUGGCGCUAUCUUUCUAAUUUAUUUUCAAUUCAAACCCACAAAGUGUCUCUGACAAUUCGCUCUCCAUAUUUCGUCGUCGAAAACCUUAUUGACACAUGGAUAGAGAAACGGCGCCCCAUUGGAGUAUGUUACUCACUUCCCACAAAUUCCAAGGAAGACCUCGCUAGAAUUAGUCACCCGGAAGUGCUUCAAAGAUCCACAGACUGUAUCAAAUUGAAAAUGGGAGAUGAAGCUGUGAUCGUUUUUCGAUAUACAGAGGCUAAUAGGAAAACUUACCUGACUAUAGAAACUAUUCCAAAGACAAAAUAG